GGCCCGCGGGGCUGAGGCCGAGCGGAGGCGAGCCGGGCCCGUGCACGGCCCGCGCCCACCAUGCGGCGGCUGCGGCGCCUGGCGCACCUGGUGCUCUUCUGCCCCUUCUCCAAGGGCCUGCAGGGCCGGCUCCCAGGCCUCAGGGUCAAGUGUGUCUUCCUGGUGUGGCUGGGCGUCCUCGCGGGCAGCUGGCUGGCCUACGUGCACUACUCGUCCUACGCGGAGCUCUGCCGCGGCCACGUCUGCAGAGUGGUCAUCUGUGACCAGUACCGCAAGGGCAUCAUCUCAGGCUCCAUCUGCCAGGACCUGUGCAGCCGGCAGCAGCUGGAGUGGAGGACCUGCCUCUCCUCCGUCCCAGGCCAGCAGGUGUAUAGCGGGCUCUGGCAGGGCAGGGAGGUGACCAUCAAGUGUGGCCUCGAGGAGAGCCUGAGCUUGAAGGCCGGGGCCGACGUGGCCCCCCGGCGGGAACUGGUGCUGUUUGACAAGCCCACUCGGGGCACCUCGAUUAAGGAGUUCCGGGAGAUGACCCUCAGCUUUCUCAAGGCGAACCUAGGGGACCUUCCCUCCCUGCCCGCGCUGGUCGGCCAGGUCCUGCUCAUGGCCGACUUCAACAAGGACAGCAGGGUGUCGCUGGCCGAGGCCAAGUCGGUGUGGGCGCUGCUGCAGCGCAAUGAGUUCCUCCUGCUGCUGUCCCUGCAGGGGAAGGGGCACGCCUCCCCGCUGCUGGGCCACUGCGGGGACCUCUACGUCACAGAGGGCGUCCCGCGCAGCUCGGGGCCCGCGGCCGCCCUUCCGGCCCUGCUGAGGCCACUGCUGCCGCCCGCCCUGCACGGGGCCCUGCAGCAGUGGCUGGGGCCCGCCUGGCCCUGGCGCGCCAAGAUCGCCAUCGGCCUGCUGGAAUUCGUGGAGGAGCUCUUCCACGGCGCCUACGGGACCUUCUACAUGUGCGAGACCACGCUGGCCAACGUGGGCUACACUGCCAAGUACGACUUCAGGAUGGCCGACCUGCAGCAGGUGGCGCCCGAGGCCGCCGUGCGCCGCUUCCUGCGGGGCCGCCACUGCGAGCGCAGCGCGGACUGCACCUACGGGCGCGACUGCCGGGCGCCCUGCGACACGCUCCUGCGCCAGUGCAAGGGCGACCUGGUGCAGCCCAACCUGGCCAAGGUCUGCGAGCUGCUGCGCCACUACCUGCUGCCCGGCGCCCCCGCCGGCCUGCGCGCCGAGCUGGGCCGGCAGCUACGCACCUGCGCCACGCUGAGCGGGCUGGCCAGCCAGGUGGAGGCCCACCACUCGCUGGUGCUCAGCCACCUUAAGACCCUGCUCUGGAAGGAGAUCUCCAACACCAAGUACACGUGAGGCCGCGCCCCGCCCCGCCCCGCCCCGCCCGGAGACACGGCUCCGCCCACCAGCCACGCCUGCCCCCGGGCCCCUCCCCGCCUCCCACACCGGCCGAGGCCCUCUGCCGCCGGAGCGCGGCAGCCACGCGGCUCCGGCCCCUGCACCACCACCGCCGCCGCCCCCCGGAGUUUUCUGGGCUCUCACAGUGGAGCUGGCAGGAGAGAGGGAAGGACUCACAGCCCAAGCACCGAGGGCUGGCCCUGGGACCUGCCCAGGCCUAGGUCUUGUUACUUUGGAGAACUACGUGUAAAUAAAGCUUUUCUGUGAAUUGUUCACUCACCAACUCGUGUUCACCUCUGCGGCCUCUGACUGCAUGCAGCGCGCCAGGCUGCCCUGUCCUUCACCACCUCCCCGAGUGUGCUCAUGUCAGUGAUGCCAUCCAUCUCAUCCUGU